AUUCUACGUUAGUGGUCAAUAUAUUACGUGAGAAGAUGAACGCAAAUCAUGUGACUAGUUCAAUGAGCCGUUUUAUGGAAACUUCAGGCGGUUCAAACAUUAGAUCAACUGUUUCCAGUUUUAGCGUAGAUGAAAUUGAAGUAUUUAAGCUUGAUGAAAAACGUGGGAUUCCUAGAG